AUGAAGACAUCAAUGGCAGUGAUUAUGGCGGUGUUCCUGGCGGCAUUUACGGUGGCCGUGGGUGGAGAAGUUUAUAAAGUUGGUGGUUCUGCUGGCUGGACCAACAUUGGACAUGUGGAUUACAAGACUUGGGCUUCUACCAAAACAUUUCGAGUUGGUGACACCAUUGUUUUUGAGUACAAUAAAGACUUCCACAACGUAGCAAGAGUUACGUACACCGAUUUUCUAACAUGCAAGGGCAGCGCCGCUCCUUACGCCACCUUCACCUCUAGCAACGACUCAUUUCCGAUCAAGUACCCCGGCCACUACUAUUUCAUCUGCACCAUUCCUGGCCAUUGUGAAGCUGGUCAAAAAGUCGACAUCCGUGUACCGGUCGCCGGCAGACACUCCACCCUUCCGUCCAGCUCCCCCCCAAUUCAGCCACUUCCUUUCCCUUACCCACCACCUUCUGUGCCGUCUCUGUCACCAGUAAAACACUCGCCGAUUAAAUCGCCUUCCCCAUCAAUGUCUCAAUCCACAUCACCAGCGCCGUCUAAAUCACCGUCAGCAGCGCCGUCUAAAUCGUCGUCAGCAGCGCCGUCUAAAUCACCGUCAGCAGUGCCUUCUCAAUCCCCAACGCCACCGCCGUCUCAAUCCCCAUCACCAGCAGCGUCUAAAUCCCCAUUGCCAGCAUCGUCGUUACCCAAAAAGUCUCCCCCCUCCACCCCGGCUAGUCCUUCCCCGGCAGUUGCACCGGCGCCGACCAAGAACUCUGCUAGUCAAUUUGUCGGUAAAGUCAAGCUUUGGUCGACGUUAAUGGCGGUUUUCUUUUCUUUGAUUGGAUUUAGUUUUUAG